AUGCUCCUGGCCGUGGUCUUUGCCUCUGCCCUGCUCCUCUGCUCUGCGGCCAGCCAGGGGUGUUUGACCUCGACAGGGAUCAGGGAUGUCGAGUACCUCAUCCACAAGCUACAGAAACAUCCACCUUCAAAAUGCAACUGCAGCACCAAUGUGACUGAUUGUUUGUGUCUGCCCAUUCCUUCGGACAACUGCACCACAGCAUGCUUACAGGAGGGUCUGUCGCAGAUGACCAACACCACAGUGGAAACAAGUGUCCUGCUGAUUAUCAAUCGGGUGAAGAAAACAGUUGAAGCCCUCCGGAACAAGAAGUGUGGAUCUUUUGCCUGUGAACAGCCAUGCAACCAAACCACAGCAGGCAAUAUGCUGACAUUUCUGAAGACUCUCCUGGAAAGUUUCCAGAAAGAAAGGAUGAGAGGCAGAGUGUGA